AUGCUAGCAGAAUGGAUCUGCACUUCCUGUCUUUGCUGCGGCUGGAAAGCAGAUCGCACGACACCUCCAUCAAUCAAAACUGUAAUUGAGCGCUAUGGGGAAGUCGCCAAAUCCGUCAAUCAACGAGAGUUCAAACGCUUUAUUGAGGAACUCAGACAGAAAUGGAAUCCUCCUCCACCCGCUGAAGAAGAGUGGGAAGACGGCUACCGUGGUGAAGGCUGGACCGAUGAAGGAGCAUUUGCUUUGUGCUUUUACCAACAAGCUACCAGUGACAGCACACCUCCGCGUCAAGGCCCAUUGUGUGAGGCGGAGGAGCAGAACCAAGUGCUGUUACGACCAGUUGAUUCUUUGAUCGAUGACAUUCGACCUGGGCCGCUUGUAAAUCCCCUACCAGAAGAAACGAUAGUUGAAGCUCUAGCUUCGUUGAGAGAAGCAAUCCAGCGACGGGUGAAUGAAAAUUCGCCCUCGGAGGAUAUCUCAGUCGAGUUACCUACAGAUUUCGAGCAGCUCCUACGGAUCACAAAUUACAUCGGCGGAGCUGGCGUAAAUUCCGAGACUGCAAAUACUUAUCUCGUCGGUGGCAUAGACUCCCUUGCCGCUACCGGCUCCAUGAACAAAUGGGAGAAGUGGUUUCCAUGGACGGCAGUUUUGAACCGCAGGGACUUCAAACCUUUCGCGGCCUGGCAGCUUGGUGGCUGUAAUCAACAUCGACAAAUCUACUACGUGCUUGGCCGAGACUUGAACGACAACACCGCUCCAAUUACCUGGAAGGUUUUUGACAGAAACGACGUCGAAAUGGAGCUAUUCGAAAAUCUGACAGAGUUUCUUCAUCAUGAGACACAGCAUAUUGAGCAAACUCCUGGCGGGCAUAAGCAAGAACACAUCCUGUUUUCCGAUGCGUACCCGACUUGGUAG